UACUACACUCCUUUUUAAGACGUAAAACCCAUUCUUUUCAUGCUUACAUUUCAUUUCUCCACUUCAAUUCCUUCCAUAAUUCUCUCUCCUCCUCAUAAAGAAACAUGGUACCUCAAGAAACCCAUGUUUAUGAAACUCCACAGAAGCAAAAACUCCCCAAUUUCCGCCACAAAACGACGUCGCUUUCCUCCGACGUCGUCAUGUUCUUGGGUGGUGCAUUAGUUGCUUUCCUUCUCAUUUGGUCUCUCUGGUGCUUCACAGCCCCUCCUUCCUCUUCCUCAUCUUUCUCCCCUCCUUUACCCACCCAAACCCAAACCCAAGUCCAACCCGACCCGACAACAUUCUACGACGACCCAGAAAUGGGCUACACUCUAGAAAGCCCAGUCCAAAACUGGGACGAGAAGCGCAAGCAGUGGAUGGGCCGGAACCCAUCAAUUUCCGGGCCGGACAAGGUUGUGAUGGUAACCGGGUCUCAACCCGGCCCGUGCAAGAAUCCUAUGGGUGACCACUUCUUGCUGCGGUUCUUUAAGAAUAAAGUGGACUACUGUAGGAUUCACGGCUACGAUAUAUUCUACAACAACGUGUUGUUGGAUCCUAGGAUGUUUUCAUUUUGGGCCAAAUACCCGGUUGUUAAAUCCGCUAUGAUAGCCCACCCGGAAGCCGAGUGGAUUUGGUGGGUUGACUCGGACGCAGCCAUUACUGAUAUGGACUUCACUCUACCACUUGAAAAAUACAAAGCCCAUAACUUGAUCAUCCAUGGUUGGGCCGACUUAGUGUUUAAGAAGAAGAGUUGGACUGGGCUUAAUGCUGGUGUUUUUCUACUUAGAAACUGUCAGUGGUCCAUGGACUUAUUAGAUAAAUGGGCUCAAUUCGGCCCAAUAAGCCCAGAUUAUGAAAAAUGGGGUGAUAUUCUAAAGUCAGUUUUUACUGACAAAUUAUACCCAGAAUCAGAUGAUCAAACUGGGAUAGCAUAUUUGAUGGUAAAAGAAGGAGAAAAUUGGAAAGACAAAAUAUAUUUAGAAAAAGAUUAUUAUUUUGAAGGGUAUUGGGUGGAAAUAGUAGGAAAUUAUGAAAAUGUAACGGCGCAUUAUAGCAAGAUAGAGAAGAAGGAGCGUAGGUUAAGGAGGAGACAUGCGGAAAAGGCAGGGGAAGAUUAUCGUGCGCAGUGGGAGUAUAAUUUGGAGAGAGAAAAUGAAAAGUUAAUGAAGAGACCAUUUAUAACACAUUUUACUGGGUGUGAACCAUGCAGUGGGAAACACAAUGAGAUGUAUAAUUUGGAGUCUUGUUUUAAAGGGAUGAAUAAAGCCCUCAAUUUUGCUGAUAAUCAGGUGCUCAGAAAUUUUGGGUAUUUUCGUCCAAAUUUAGACAAUUCUUCUUGGGUUCAGCCUCUUCUGUCUUGAUUUCUAGAAUUAUUACUUAAUGGCUUGGCACCAUCAACUUAAACGCUCCUCUUGACUCCUUGAUGCACUGUAACUACAGGCAUACCUCAUCCUGUCAUCACCCCGUUUCUGAGUAUACGGUGGCCUAAGGGCGAAACGAAAAAUUGGGCCCUAAUCGACAAGUAUUUAUUAUGCAAAUAAGUAAAAAAAAAAUUCUAUAUGUAAUGACAAUAUUUAUUAUACUCAACAAAUACGGGCCUGCCUGUCGACUAGACGUUGAAUUCUCAAGCUUCUUUGCAGUGGGCUGUUUCUGCUAUUCAUUUCGAUGUUGGUGCUGUAUUUCGUGUUCUUUCUACUUCUGUUCAUUUUUCCUUCAGGGGAAGAAGCAGAAGCAGAGGCUGUGUUUCUAUUUCUCCUCUAGCACUGUAUAGAGCUUAGCAUUGUAUGAGGUGUUACUAAUAUAUGUAUAUGUCCCUUCUUAUUUGGAUGCACAUAAUAACAUAAAUACAUAUUAAGAGCAUAUAAUUGCUUGA